GUGGCGACAAGCAAGAAGAUCGAAGACACGCUCGGUCGAGGUGUCCGUGAUCUCCGCAUCUCGGUUACCGAUCGGUGCAAUUUCCGAUGUCCAUACUGCAUGCCGGCCGAGAUAUUCGGCGAGCGGUACGAGUUCCUGAAGCGAGAAGAGAUUCUGUCGUUUGAGGAGAUCACCCGUUUGACUCGGUUGUUUGUGGGAUUCGGCGUUCGGAAGGUGAGGAUUACCGGUGGCGAACCGCUGGUGCGGGCACAGGUGACGGAGUUGAUCGCGCGGCUCGCCGAGAUUGAUGGUGUCGACGACUUGGCGAUGACGACCAACGGCUUCUUGUUGCCGCGAUACGCGCACGAAUUGAAGGACGCAGGUCUCAAUCGAUUGACCGUUAGCAUGGACGCGUUAGAUGAGGAUGUCUUUUCGCAGAUGAGUGGGCGUCCGUACGGACCUGAAAAAGUUUUGGCAGGAAUAGAUGCGGCGCGAGACGCCGGUUUCUCGCCGCUGAAGAUCAACACGGUAGUCCAGCGGGGUGUGAAUGAACAGACGAUUUUGGAGACCGCGGAACAUUUCCGUGGAACCGGCGAUAUCGUUCGCUUCAUCGAGUUCAUGGAUGUCGGGAAUCUGAAUGAUUGGGAUCUCUCUCAGGUGGUGUCCGGCAGGGAAAUCAUCGAGAUAAUCGAUGCUGAAUAUCCGCUCGAGCCUGCAGAUGCCAACUACCAAGGCGAGGUGGCUUCGCGAUAUAGGUACGUUGAUGGGCAAGGCGAGAUCGGCGUCAUCACAUCGGUCACGCAGCCAUUUUGUGGAGAUUGCACAAGGGCACGACUGACGACCGAGGGUCGCUUGGUAACCUGUCUAUUCGCGACGCGCGGCACCGAUCUGAAGGAACCACUGCGGGACGGUGCUACAGACGACGAAUUGAACGAGAUCAUUGAAGGUGUUUGGUUGAAUCGAAGGGACCGCUAUUCUGAAACGCGAUCGAGCAACACCGCGCUCGAAGGAGCGGGAACCGGCGCGAUAAGAGAAAAGAUCGAGAUGUUUCGGUUGGGAGGUUGA